CGAAAAGUUGAAGGCAAACGCUUCAAUGUAGAACUCAUCACUUUCCUCGAUCUUUAUCGCUAUGAUCCUUGGGAACUUCCUGCUAUGGCGGCGAUAGGAGAGAAAGAGUGUUGGAUCAUGAACGAGUAUCGUCUUCCUCACCAUGAAACCGAGAAAUACCAAAAGGCUGAAAUAUCAUUAUGCCGAGUGUACAAAAGGCCCGGAGUAGAAGAUCAUCCAUCGGUACCACGAUCUCUCUCCACAAGACAUCAUAACCAUAACUCAUCAUCAUCAUCCCGUUUAGCCUUAAGACAACAACAACACCAUUCAUCCUCCUCUAAUCAUUCCGACAACAACCUUAACAACAACAACAUAAACAAUCUUGAGAAGCUCUCCACCGAAUAUUCCGGCGACGGCAGCACCACAACAACAACCACAAACAGUAACUCUGACGUUACCAUAGCUUUAGCCAAUCAAAACAUAUAUCGUCCAAUGCCUUAUGGCACAAGCAACAACACAUCGAUAAUCUCUACGAGUAAUCAAGAAGAUGAUGAAACCGCCAUUGUUGACGAUCUUCAGAGACUAGUUAACUACCAAAUAUCAGAUGGAGGUAACAUCAAUCACCAAUACUUUCAAAUUGCUCAACAGUUUCAUCAUACUCAACAACAAAAUGCUAACGCAAACGCGUUACAAUUGGUGGCGGCGACUACGGCAACAGCACUAAUGCCUCAAACGCAAGCGGCGUUAGCUAUGAACAUGAUUCCCGCGGGAACGAUUCCAAACAAUGCUUUGUGGGACAUGUGGAAUCCAAUAGUACCAGAUGGAAACAGAGAUCAUUAUACUAAUAUUCCUUUUAAGUAAUUUAAUUAGAUCAUGAUUAUUAUCAAUUACAAUAAUUAUUAAUGUUGCUUUGCCAUAUUUUCACACUCGUUAUAUAUUGAUAUAGCGAUAGACAAUGAUUGAUUACUGCGAGUUUAUGUAAUGGAACUGAUUCUCAACAUAUAUAGUCAAUUAAGUAGUUUAUUUUUU